AUGUUAUCUAAGGUGUUGCUAAAUAUAGCAUUCAAGGUGCUGCUGACCACCGCUAAGAGGGCCGUUGAUUCUGAUGACGAUGAUGAACUUCUUCCUUCCCCUGAUCUACCGGAUGUCGAUGAUCCCAUAACAGGUGAUCCCGAUGUAGAUAUAAGCCCUGUUACUGAAGAAAUGUUCUCUUCAUGGGCCUUAUGCAUCAUGUUGUUCUUAUUAAUCUCUGCAUUAUGGUCAGGUUAUUACUUGACUCAAAAACGUAUAAGAGCGGUACAUGAAACUGUGCUUUCAAUCUUCUAUGGUAUGGUUAUCGGGCUGAUAAUAAGAAUGUCCCCCGGGCAUUAUAUUCAAGAUACUGUCACGUUCAAUUCCACCUAUUUCUUUAAUGUCCUGUUGCCACCUAUCAUUUUAAAUAGCGGGUAUGAGCUGAAUCAAGCGAAUUUUUUCAAUAAUAUGGUAUCCAUCCUAAUUUUUGCCAUACCGGGGACUUUUAUAUCUGCUGUCGUAAUAGGUAUCAUACUCUAUGUCUGGACUUUCCUAGGAUUGGAGAGUAUCGACAUUUCAUUUGCAGAUGCAAUGUCUGUCGGUGCCACUUUAUCAGCUACUGACCCUGUUACUAUCCUUUCCAUAUUCAAUGCCUAUAAAGUUGAUCCUAAAUUAUACACAAUUAUUUUUGGCGAAUCUUUGUUAAAUGAUGCAAUUUCUAUUGUCAUGUUUGAGACUUGCCAAAAAUUUCAUGGUCAGCCUGCGACAUUUUCUUCGGUUUUUGAAGGGGCAGGCCUCUUUUUAAUGACCUUCUCUGUUUCAUUAUUGAUCGGUGUUCUCAUAGGAAUUCUUGUUGCCCUUUUAUUGAAGCACACUCUUAUAAGACGCUAUCCUCAAAUUGAGAGUUGUCUAAUCCUGUUAAUUGCCUAUGAGUCCUAUUUCUUUUCCAACGGUUGCCACAUGUCUGGUAUCGUUUCCCUGUUAUUCUGCGGUAUCACUUUGAAACAUUACGCUUAUUAUAACAUGUCAAGAAGAUCACAAAUCACCAUCAAGUAUAUCUUUCAACUGCUGGCAAGAUUAUCGGAGAAUUUUAUCUUCAUUUAUCUAGGCCUGGAGCUUUUCACUGAGGUGGAAUUAGUUUACAAGCCACUUUUAAUCAUUGUCGCUGCUAUUUCUAUAUGUGUAGCACGUUGGUGUGCCGUAUUUCCACUAUCUCGAUUCAUUAAUUGGAUUUAUAGAAUGAAGACAAUCAGAUCCAUGAGCGGAGUCACUGGCGAGAAUAUCUCUAUUCCUGAUGAAAUACCUUACAAUUAUCAAAUGAUGACAUUCUGGGCCGGACUGCGUGGUGCUGUGGGGGUUGCUUUAGCCUUGGGUAUUCAAGGUGAGUAUAAAUUUACUUUAUUGGCGACGGUUCUUGUUGUCGUAGUUUUAACUGUUAUCAUCUUUGGAGGUACUACGGCAGGAAUGUUGGAAGUUUUAAAUAUCAAAACUGGUUGUAUAAGUGAAGAAGAUGUAUCUGAUGACGAAUUUGAUAUUGAAGCUCCAAGGACAAUCAAUUUUAUGAGUGGUAGCCCCAUGCCGACAGGUUUAGGGCCAUAUUCUGAUAACAAUUCACCUGAUGUUUCAAUAGAUCAACUAACAGUCAACAACAACAACAACAACAACAACAAGAGUGUUCCUGAUCAUCCAUCAAUGGGUGACAAUACCUUCGGAGAGUUGGACGAGACCGAAAACACCAGCCCUAACUUGGGAAGAUCAUCAAUCGAUAAGCGUAAUUUAAGAGAUAAGCUAGGCACGAUCUUCAACGCCKACUCACAAUGGUUCCAGAAUUUUGAUGAGCAAGUAUUGAAGCCCGUGUUCUUGGAUAACAUGUCGCCGUCCAUACAAGACUCAGCCACUCAGUCUCCUUCCGAAUUCACUUCCCAAAACCACUAG